GGAAUCUCAGUCACCGUCUGGUGGGGUAGAGGCGGCGCGUGCACGCGUGCGCAGUGCGCGGGCGGGCCGUCGUGGGCGCCGCUCCCGGCAGCUGAGUGCCUGAAGGAGCCGGGUCCGCGGCGGCGCGGGUGCUCCGGGCGGAGGCCGCGUGUAAUGUUCAAGCCCAGAAAUGCCUUAUGUGGAUCGACAGAAUCGCAUUUGUGGUUUUCUGGACAUUGAAGAAAAUGAAAACAGUGGGAAAUUUCUUCGACGGUAUUUCAUCCUGGAUACCAGAGAAGACAGCUUUGUAUGGUACAUGGAUAAUCCACAGAACCUGCCUUCAGGAUCAUCACGGGUUGGAGCCAUUAAACUUACGUACAUUUCAAAGGUUAGCGAUGCAACUAAGUUAAGGCCAAAGGCAGAGUUCUGUUUUGUUAUGAAUGCAGGGAUGAGAAAAUACUUCCUACAAGCCAAUGAUCAGCAAGACUUAGUGGAGUGGGUAAAUGUCUUGAACAAAGCUAUAAAAAUUACAGUACCAAAGCAGUCGGACUCACAGCCAGCUUCUGACAGCCUGAGUCGCCAAGGUGACUGUGGCAAGAAGCAAGUGUCUUACAGAACUGAUAUUGUUGGUGGUGUUCCCAUCAUCACUCCAACUCAGAAAGAAGAAGUAAAUGAAUGUGGUGAAAUUGUUGACCGAAACAAUUUGAAACGGUCACAAAGCCAUCUUCCCUACUUUACUCCUAAGCCACCUCCAGACAGUGCAGUUAUCAAAGCUGGGUAUUGUGUGAAACAAGGAGCAGUGAUGAAAAACUGGAAGAGAAGAUAUUUCCAAUUGGAUGAAAACACAAUAGGCUACUUCAAAUCUGAACUGGAAAAGGAACCUCUGCGGGUAAUACCACUUAAAGAAGUUCAUAAAGUUCAAGAGUGUAAGCAAAGUGACAUAAUGAUGAGGGACAACCUGUUUGAAAUUGUAACAACGUCUCGAACUUUUUAUGUGCAGGCUGAUAGCCCUGAAGAGAUGCAUAGUUGGAUUAAAGCAGUCUCUGGCGCCAUUGUAGCACAGCGGGGACCUGGCAGAUCAGCAUCUUCUAUGCGGCAGGCCAGAAGGCUGUCGAACCCUUGUAUACAGAGGUAUACAUCAAGAGCUGGUGAAUGCAGCACGAGCAUUCCGGCUGUCCUUCAGAAUCCAAAUACACUGUCCGUCCUGCCGGGGCAGCAGCAGCCACCUCACAUUCCGCAGCCUCUCGCAGCCACUCUCUGGUCUCAAACUAUACCAUGGAGAAGCGAGGAUUUUACGAAUCUCUUGCCAAGGUCAAGCCAGGGAACUUCAAGGUCCAGACUGUCUCUCCAAGAGAAUCAGCUUCCAAAGUGACUGAACAAGCUCUGCUCAGACCUCAAAGUAAAAAUGGCCCUCAGGGAAAAGAUGGUGAGCCAGUGGACUUAGAUGAUGCCAGCCUGCCAGUCAGUGAUGUGUAAGGUGGGAGCACCUGGGCUGCCCACCCCACUCAUCCCUCAGUGUCCUUUCAUGAGGCUUCCAGCCAAAGAUGAUAAAAGAUGAUAGAGGGUGAAUGGUUUCAGUGCAUAUAUUAUAUAUUGUCUCUUGGGUGUACUCUGUAAGCUGGCAAACCAAGAAUCUAGGGAGUGGCCAAGUCAAUGUAAUUUCUUUAAGAAAGGAAGGAAAAAGCCGUGUCCAUAUUGACUGUCUGUCUGAAGCUUUAUAUGUUUGUGUGGUAAAAGGUGUGUGGGUGUGUGUGUGUGUGUGUGUGUGUGUGUGUGUGUGUGUCUGUGUGUGUGUGUGUGUGUGUGUGUUUCCUGGUAACUUUGAAAUUUCAAAUAACUUAAAAUAUUAAAAUUUCUUAUUAUUUUGGUCAUUUAAAAAAGCUAAUAUGACUCCCUAUGAAAUAUUCAAUAUUUACACAUUCUUAUUGGUUAACAUUAUCAAAUGGAACAUCGCCAGACAAAAACUCCUAAACUCAUGAUGUCUGUGGUGCUGCAAAAUUUAUAUCGCAAUGUGGACUAUUUAGAAAUUCUAACCAUUUUUGAUGUCCUGACUUUUCAGGUGAGUGCAUAGAAGAUUUGAUUAGACUGUUGGCGCAGGCAUGGAUUGAAGGUGUGGGGUGAGGACUAGAGCUCACCUGUAGCUGAGAUUUUUUUUUUUUUGGUGGGACUUCUUUUUUUGAGACAGUUUGUGUAGCAUGGCUGUCUUGGAACUUGUGGUGAUCCUCCUGCCUCUGUUGCCUCCCAAAUUACAGACCUGUGUUACCAACCUUGUGACACUUGUUUGAAAUUUCUUAGUACUUGCACCUAUCAGUAUUUUAUUAAAAAUUAUUUGAUCAUAAAUUUUGGGAAGAUCUGACCUCCCCCCCCCCCUCCCCAAGAUGGUUUCUCUAUGUAGCCUUGCUAUCCUGGAAUUCACUCUGUAGACCAGGCUGGCCCCAAAUUCAUAGAGAUCCACCUGCCUCUGCCUCCUGAGUGCUGGGAUUAAAGUCAUGCACCACCAAUACCUAGCUGAUUUUUUUUUCUUUUGGUAAAUAGAUCUUAUUUCUGAGUUUACUUCUGAAUUUGGGUCAGUGAAAGACCUCAGUUCAUAUGUAAAGUCAUAAUUGCUCUUAGUUGUGAAAUUGUUGUGGCCUCUACCUUUCAUCAUUAAUAACCUGUAUCCAAGUGCCUGUGUCUUCUCAUCUCAUUUAGAGUUGUGCUCCAAAGUCCUACAUGAUUGGCUUUAAAUGUUUGAAUAAAUUAAUUUCAGUAGCAUAGCUUGAUAUGUUAAAUAAAAUAGCAUUUUAUGUCAGAGACACCAGAAUGUUGGUGUUCUACUACCUGUGCAAUAUCUGUCUUGAAAACAAAUUUGAGUAUGCAUUUAAUUGUGGGGAUAUCCUAAAUAGAAGUACCUCUCUAAAGAACCCAUAGUUCUCCUGUUGAGUGAUAGACUGGUUUGAGCAAGUACUGUUUUGUGGCAAAGUCUUAAGUGUUUGCUUUUCCCAGGCUGCUACUCUAUGGUAUUUCCAGUCCUACACACUUCUGUUUUGGAGUCAUGGGUAUUAGUGUUUUGCCUUUUUAUGUUCUAAGACUACUUGAUGGAGGAUGAGAAAUUCGCUACCGUUGUGGGGCCUAAGGGUUAAGAUGUGUUGUUUGGUUGUCCAGUACAAGAACACACCACUCACCUUUUGUAUUCAUAAGCUAAUAUGUUAGAGUUUUAUGUAGUUUUCUCUUUUGCAACUGCAUGGAAAACCACAGGACAACAAGGUUUUUAAGCAGUUACCACCCAUCUGCUGCCAUGUUCAUUAUCCAGGCUCUUUUGGAAGUUCAGUUUUCAUAAACAUACCUAGGAACCCGUGUACAGACACUUGGCAGUAUUGAUGAGCCUGGCCCUGUUUUCUUUGGUACAGUCUCCACAGUGCACGUUCAUUUUAACAUAUUUUGGUAUUGGCAAUUUGAUAUAUUUUAUGGUGGCAAAAUAUUAGCUCUAUUUUGGGACUUUUUAUAGAAUUAGCCUUAUUCAAAAGCAUAGGAAUAUGUUCUUGUGGUCGUCAGAGUCUUCUAAUAUUUAUCUUCAUUCUUUUGUAAGCUUAUGAAAAUUAUUUAAUUAUUUUAAAACAUACUAUUCCUGUAAAUAUGUCACAUCUGAAGUGUCAACAGUUACUUUGAAUAUCAUAGUAUUUGCUGCAUUUUUUUUUCCUGUGUGUUAUCUCCUUUUAGAACAGGAAUGUGUCUCCUGAUGUUUACUGUUACAUCCGCUAUCUUUAUAUGUCCAAUUGGUUUAACACUGUAAUGACUUGAGAAUAAACUGCUCAGAAUUCAUUUU